AUGAUUGGCUGUAACCGGCCGGUCGAGGAUGUAUCUGGCGGCCGACUACGACGGGGAGUCGGCGUCGUCGCCGAGGACAUACCGGACCUAGACAUAGACGUCUCAAGAAGUGGAGACCCAUUGUGUCGAUAUAUGAUGACUGCCUGGCGGAUCAAGGUUCUGAGCCGGGAUCCGAAGGGAGGGGACCGGAGCAAGUCAUAG